AUGUCUAACUACCUAAAGUUUAUGAAAGAUAUUCUAUCAAAGAAAAGAAGGUUAAGAGAAUUUGAGACUGUUGCUCUCACUAAAGGGUGCACAACAAUGCUUCGAAACAAAUUGCCACUAAAACUAAAGGAUCUAGGGAGUUUUACUACACCUUGUAUUGGUAAUCAGUAUGUAGGUAAUGCACUAUGUGAUUUUGGUGCAAGCAUAAAUCUAAUGCGUAUGUCUGUUUCCGGAGAGCUUGGAAUAGGAAAGGCGAGUCCCACAACUAUCACAUUGCAGUUAGCUGAUAGAUCUUAUGCAGAUCUAGAAGGUAAAAUUGAAGACGUACUCGUAAGAUUUGACAAAUUUAUUUUUCCAGCAGAUUUUAUCAUUUUGGAAUGUGAGGGUGAUAAAGAGGUCGCAAUUAUACUUAGAAGACCUUUUUUAGCCAGGGGUAGAACAUUAAUUGAUGUGAAGUGUGAAGAUACUGAUGAAUAA